AGCCAAUAGGAUAGGGUUUUGUAUGACUCAUUUCCUCAUCAUCCAACAUGGCAGACUGCAACGAAGGGGUGUUCUGGAAAAUAAGCAACAAAUAAUGAAUGAUGUAUUUUUGAAAGUUCAGGUUUUUGAAAGUGCAAUUAUUCAUUCAUCAUGAAUCCCGACAUCGAAGCAAACAUACGGAAAAACUUGCCAUGGUUAAAGCUACCCCCAAACGUUCGCCAGGUUUUGGGUAAUUCCCAAAAAGAAUAUGAAAAGGCUGUUGGUCAAUUUAGUGUAAAGAAUCAGCUGCGAUAUAAAGGAAAUUUAGUGAAGACAGUACGUAAGGAUGAGAAGCGUUACUAUGAGGAGAUGAUGCGCUAUAGUCAGGAGCACUUGAUGCUCUACCCAUACCACCUGUCAGAUGUAGUGGUCAAGGGACUGCGCGUUACACCAUUCACCUACUACGUCAACAUGAUGUCCACCAUCAUGACACAGGAGAAGAGCUAUGACUCGCUUCCAAAUUUUACUGCUGCUGAUUGUCUUCGUCUGCUUGGAAUCGGUCGUAAUCAGUACAUUGAUCUUAUGAACCAGUGUAGGUCUUCUAAGAAGUUUUUCCGGAGGAAAAAUCCAAAAGAACUAUUGCCAGCACAGCCAGUUGAUACAGCUUUGAUGGAACAUUGGUGGCGUGUCAGUGUAGGCUAUGUCACAGAGGAUGACGUCAGGAUGUGUUCAACCAUAGAAAGGCAAUUGAUAGACAGUAUAAUAGACUCUGGUAUUGUUGUAGCUGGAGAAAAUGACAACAAACUUGUUCAUGGAUUAUACAAAAAAGGGCUAAUCUACCUGGAUGUUCCUAUAGCUGACACUGACUGUAUUAUUGUCCCUCCACUUGAAGGCUUUGUGAUGAACCGAGUGUUGGGAGAUUACUUUGAAACUCUGUUAUAUAAGAUAUUUGUGUCCAUUGAUGAGCACACAACUGUAGCAGAGCUUGCCAAUGUCCUUCAAAUAGACCUGCAACUAGUCAAGAAUGCUGUUUCUAUGUAUUGUCGUCUCGGAUUUGCCAAGAAAAAAGGUGUGGAGUUUUAUGACUGUGAGAACCUUCAUCCAUCAUGGAAGGAAGUUCAACCUGUAAACAAAAAGUUAACAUCAGACCAGACGAUCCUAGACUGGGACAAUGCCCUGGCAGAGGCUAACAAAGAACCUUCUCCUCAAGAGGAAAAAGAGAUCAAACCUAACUCAAAUGUCAAUGCCCUGGAGGAUGUCAUGGAGAGUGAAAGUCCCACUGUUGGAAGCUGUAAAAGAAUUGCCUUCCUAUUUGACUCCACAUUGACGGCAUUCCUAAUGAUGGGCAAUCUAUCACCCGGCCUGAAGAGCCAUGCUGUGACCAUGUUUGAGGUGGGAAAGCUGAGUGACGAGUCCCUCGAUAGUUUCCUUACAGAGCUGGAGAAAGUUGGCUCUGAGGCAGAGGGGGAGGCGCGGAGGUACUUUGUGCAUGCCUUGACUUUGAGGGACACACUAAAGUUCCUGAGGUACAAUAAGGACCUGACAUUUGAGAAUGACGCAAAAAAUGGUCUGGCUGUCGACCUGAUUCGUUGUGAGAGCCUGCUGGGCCUGGAUGCUGCUACCAGAGCCAGAGUUCUAAAUAGGAACUAUGAGUUGUUGGUUUCCAUGGCACCACUGAGCUACGAAAUCAAACCUGUGAGCAGUUGCACACCCCAACAUAUAGGACCAGCUGUCCCUGAGGUGAAUUCUGUAUGGUUCAAGUUGUUCCUGUAUAGUGUAACAAAGUGUGGGCCCCCAUCACUUCUUCUGGUCAAAGGAACAAAACUACGCAGGCUACCUACGAUAUUCCAUGAGUAUGACAAGUUGUUAGUCACCACCUGGGGACACGACCCUGCUGUGAUAGCUACAUCUAACAUAUUAUUAACACUCAAUGAUGCUCUAAGUCAUUCUGCUGUUUUUGUCCAGGCCCAUGGUUGGCAGUCAGAGGGAAAAACAGUCAAUAUCUCCUUCCCUGUCGACAAGACAAAGCUAGGACAAUCAUUCUCCAAGCAGAAUUACGAAAGUCAUUCUGGCAUUAAAAGUUUAUGUGAACAUCUAGACCUAGUACACACAUGUGGUUACAUCACCCUCCUCAACACUGGCCUGUUGUCGCGCACAGUGUUCCAGGAGGAUCCCGACGAGGAAGACUACUUUGAGGAAGCGAGUAAUGGCAUUAUCUUCAACACCCAUCAAUCAGACAUCGAGUCCGAUGGGCCGCUCAACGGUGUAACAGAUAAAACCUCGGCCGACAUGCUGGCCUCGGAGAUCGAUAUGUUAGACUCCGAAAUGUUUGGUGCUACUGGUGCAGGAGAAAACCUAACUGUCAAAAAACUGAAGGAAAAUAUGACCUUAGACCUUGACCUUGACCGUGACAAUGAUGGCUAUAGGUCAAAGUCAUUAGAUGACUCAAAGGAAGAGGAUUGGGUCAUUUUGGAAUGUUAUUUUGGUAUUCCAUUGUUCAGUUCAAAUCUUAAUAAGGAUGUAUGUUCAAAAGUCAUUGCUGAAGGACUCUUUUCAAAGAAAAGCCUCCAGGAACUGCUACAUUCCAGUAGGAAAGUGUCUCUUAGGCUACUAAACUUUAUUUCCCAGUACCAAGACAGUACACAUAUAGGUGACAUGAGCCAGGAUCCAACCACAGACAAAGAGGAAACCACACCCCUACCAACUGUUAAUCUCCUAUUUCACAACAAAAUACUCGAACCAUGGACAGGCUGACCAUAGACAUAGGACCAUUAGUUUCAUUACCAGAAGCUGCUUGUUGGCUGUGUGAUUAUGGUGAAGGGGAAACUCAACAGUUUUCAAUUCCUGUGAUAUUUUAUUUUUUAAAAAAUCUUUAGGAAUAGGAAGCCAGACUCUUUCCAAUGAGUCAUCAUUCAUGAUCUGGUACACAGAUAAUUCUACAAAAAUAUCAAAAUCUUGAAGAGGUACUGCUUUAUUAGGAUGUUUCUUGGUGACAUUGUCCAGGCAGUGAUUUGGAGUUUCAUUACUGUGAAGGUGUGAUUGCAUUAUAACAGAUAAACAUACCAUACCAUUCAUAUUUGUGAAUGACUCAACUCCAUGAUACUCCCAUCACCACAGCUACAGGCUGCCAGAUAAUUCCAAUUAGAAGGCAUUGUAUGGAGGGGGAAAAUUCUGACUCAACAUUUCUGGUUUUUUGUUGACCAAAAUGAGUAUUUUUGAGGUUAAAUAUGGUCACCCUUACACAGAUCAAUGUAAUGAUGAGGAUGUGGUUCUGCUGUGACAGCAGUCACUGUUCCUGAUCAGCUUUACAAUGUACAGGGUCUUUAUUAAUCCUGUAAUAUCUCUGGGGAGCCAGCUAAUAGACUUUACUCAACGUAGAUGGUGGAACAGUCAAAUAGAUUUUCCUUGAAAGGCUAUAAAUAUGGAUUGGCUUAAUGCCAGAUACAUACAUAUAGGCAGGAUUGUGAAAGCAUUACCAUAAAAAGUUAAGAGACACAAAAAUACAAUACACAACUUUUUAAUGAUAUUUACUUAAUAUAAAUUUCGAGUUUCAAAAUAUUUUCUCAAAAUGUAUAGAAACUUGGAUAGCAGUGUAUUAUAUUACCCAGAAACCACAUUCUUGGUCCAUUAUGUGAGACUUGUAUACCUUUGGUGGGUGGUAUUGACCAGUAUACCAUUGGUGGGUGGUAUUGACCAGUAUACCAUUGAUGGGUGGUAUUGACCAGUAUACCAUUGGUGUAGGUGGUAUUGACCAGUAUACCAUUGAUGGGUGGUAUUGACCAGUAUACCAUUGGUAGGUGGUAUUGACCAGUAUACAGUUGUUGGGUGGUAUUGACCAGUAUACCAUUGGUGUGGUGGUAUUGACCAGUAUACCAUUGGUUGGUGGUAUUGACCAGUAUACCUUUGGUGUGAUGGUAUUGACCAGUAUACCAUUGGUUGGGUGGUAUUGACCAGUAUACCAUUGGUAGGUGGUAUUGACCAGUAUACAGUUGUUGGGUGGUAUUGACCAGUAUACCUUUGGUGUGGUGGUAUUGACCAGUAUACCAUUGAUGGGUGGUAUUGACCAGUAUACCUUUGGUGUGAUGGUAUUGACCAGUAUACCAUUGGUUGGGUGGUAUUGACCAGUAUACCAUUGGUAGGUGGUAUUGACCAGUAUACAGUUGUUGGGUGGUAUUGACCAGUAUACCAUUGGUGUGGUGGUAUUGACCAGUAUACCAUUGGUUGGUGGUAUUGACCAGUAUACCAUUGGUAAGUGGUAUUGACCAGUAUACCAUUGGUGUGAUGGUAUUGUCCAGUUUACCAUUGGUAGGUGGUAUUGACCAGUAUACCAUUGGUAGGUGGUAUUGACCAGUAUACCAUUGGUGUGAUGGUAUUGUCCAGUUUACCAUUGGUAGGUGGUAUUGACCAGUAUACCAUUGGUAGGUGGUAUUGUCCAGUAUACCAUUGGUGUGAUGGUAUUGUCCAGUAUACCAUUGGUGUGGUGGUCCAUUGUGUGAAACUUAAUUCUAUACCAUUGGUAGGUGGUAUUGACCAGUAUACCAUUGGUAAGUGGUAUUGACCAGUAUACCAUUUGUGGGUGGUAUUGACCAGUAUACCAUUGGUGUGAUGGUAUUGUCCAGUUUACCAUUGGUAGGUGGUAUUGACCAGUAUACCAUUGGUAGGUGGUAUUGACCAGUAUACCAUUGAUGGGUGGUAUUGACCAGUAUACCAUUGGUGUGGUGGUAUUGACCAGUAUACCAUUGGUGUGGUGGUAUUGUCCAGUAUACCGUUAGUGGGUGGUAUUGACCAGUAUACCAUUGGUUGGGUGGUAUUGGCCAGUAUACCAUUGGUAGGUGGUAUUGACCAGUAUACCAAUGGUUGGGUGGUAUUGACCAGUAUACCAUUGGUGGGUGGUAUUGACCAGUAUACCAUUGGUGUGGUGGUAUUGACCAGUAUACCAUUGGUGUGGUGGUAUUGACCAGUAUACCAUUGGUGUGGUGGUAUUGACCAGUAUACCAUUGGUGGGUGGUAUUGACCUCUAUACCGUUGGUGUGGUGGUAUUGACCAGUAUACCAUUGGUGGGUGGUAUUGACCUCUAUACCAUUGGUGUGGUGGUAUUGACCAGUAUACCAUUGGUGUGGUGGUAUUGACCAGUAAACCGUUGUUGGGUGGUAUUGACCAGUAUACCAUUGGUGGGUGGUAUUGACCUCUAUACCAUUGGUGUGGUGGUAUUGACCAGUAUACCAUUGGUGUGGUGGUAUUGACCAGUAAACCGUUGUUGGGUGGUAUUGACCAGUAUACCAUUGGUGGGUGGUAUUGACCUCUAUACCAUUGGUGGGUGGUAUUGACCUCUAUACCAUUGGUGUGGUGGUAUUGACCAGUAUACCAUUGGUGUGGUGGUAUUGACCAGUAUACCAUUGGUUGGGUGGUAUUGACCUCUAUACCAUUUGUGUGUUGGUAUUGACCAGUAUACCAUUGGUGUGUGGUAUUGACCAGUAUACCAUUGGUGGGUGGUAUUGUCCAGUAUACCAUUGACUGGUGGUAUUGUCCAGUAUACCAUUGGUGGGUGGUAUUGACCAGUUUAACAUUGGUGUGGUGGUGUUGUCCAGUAUACCAUUGGUGUGGUGGUAUUGACCAGUAUACCAUUGGUGUGGUGGUAAAUUGUAUUUGACUGAUGCCUGAUCUAGUGACACUUUGGUGACACAUUCAUGACUGUACAUUCCUAUUGAUCAGGUGAAGACUACAGGUAGGUUAUGGGUGGAAUUAAACAUGAUAAAGGUGCAAUAUGCUUGUGGUGUGUUAAGUGUCAGUGUUCUGCAGCGUUAUUUGUUGGGGAGCACAACCCUUUGUUUAUGGUGCAUAUGUUGUAAAUAGUCAAUUGUUGCAUUGUUUGUCAUGAUACUUCUAAUUUGUAAACACUUGUAUUUCCUAAACUGUGAUACUCAUUCUUGUUAACUAUUUAGUGUUAAAUAUGAACCAUUGGAAAUGUUAGGCCGUCGGUUCUGUUUUGAAAUGUUAGGCCGUCGGUUCUGUUUUGAAAUGUUAGGCUGUCGGUUCUGUUUUGAAAUGUUAGGCUGUCGGUUCUGUUUUGAAAUGUUAGGCCGUCGGUUCUGUUUUGAAAUGUUAGGCCGUCGGUUCUGUUUUGAAAUGUUAGGCCGUCGGUUCUGUUUUGAAAUGUUAGGCCGUCGGUUCUGUUUUGAAAUGUUAGGCCGUCGGUUCUGUUUUGAAAUGUUAGGCCGUCGGUUCUGUUUUGAAAUGUUAGGCCGUCAGUUCUGUUUUGAGCUUAAUGUAGAUAGCUGUUUUAUUGUUUAUAAGUACUAGUGUAUUCAAUCUGGUUUUUACCUAUUUAACUGCUCAUAAACAUCACCGUCAAAACUUUAUCAAAGGGUGUAAAUGAAAUAUAUAUGAUAUAUAUAAAUCCAUGUAUAGUAUUCUUAACUUAUUUAUGAGAAUUGUAUUGUGCUAUAUUAAUGAUGAAAGACUUUCAACAGUACAAUGGAAUGUGCCUAUAAAACAGUCUUGUUACAGUAAAGAGUGGGAGUAAAAUUAUCAUAAAUCUUACCUUAAAUGAGUUAUAUUUUUUGCCAAAAUAUUUAGUAAUGGAUUUUCUAUAAGUUGAAACAGAAGUGAUAAUUAGUUCUAUACAGUAAUCAUUGGAAAAUUUAAAGUGCCUAUACUUUGUACAGGACGAACCUGUGUACUUACCAGGACAAGAUCAGGGUUGUGUUAGCAACCCCAUAGAGGGUCGUUUAGGUUGUUUGUACUACAGAACCGUGGAUCAUACAUAAAGUGUGCAGGGACACUGGAUUAUGUGAUAUGUGUGAUUUAGCCAUCAGAAUAAAUCAUCCAUUGUUCCAAUGAAAUGUAACAUUCUACCAGAAUGAACUGGUUUGUCAGGAACAUCUCAUUUGAGGAUUCAAAGUUGGAUCCAAUGGAAAGUGAAAGGUUUUAAUUGGAGAUGAAAAGCAUCAAGUUGUCAAAGUUAAGUAUGUAUGAUUAGACCGAGUAAUACUUUUUAGACUAAAGAUAAAGUUUUAAAUUUGAUACUGAUGAGUUUUAUUAAGUUUUGGUUCAUUAAUACCUUUAUUCUCAGAUUCUUUGAAUAUUCCAACACACUAUGAGGAAACAAUGCACAUGGUCUAUUGUUCAAAUUAGACAAGUUAUAGGAAAAUAAUUACUGAAGUAUUAAUUGAUGAUAAUUUUUAGUGGAAAUGGGGCUACAAUACUUUAUUAUUACAGGAUGUCACUCAUUUGGAAAUAUGUUGAAAUGCAUAUUUGGAAUAUUUUGGUGUUAUUAGAUAGGUUCACCAUAUACAGCUGAUGUAGCUGUUUUAGUGCUUUGCUUCAGUGUUGUUACCUGAUUUACCUAAUAAUGAGAUUCUCACUGACUGGUCUUGUUAAUGGAGCUGUUUCUAUGUUGAAUGAAUUACAGUUGUAAGCAUGAGUGUAGACAUUUAACGUAUACUAUUGUUUUGUUAGUAUAGUCACUAACGGUAAUAUAUUUACAAGCCCUUGGUCGCCACUAAACCUUGUGAUAUAAGUGUACACCCUCUGUCUGUACUCUCAUCAUGUUCACUUUAGACACUUUGUAUAUCAAAACAUGGCCCUCAUUGUGGGAGACUGGCAUCAUAUUCGAUGCUUGAGUCUUUGUACAAACGCCAACAUGAUCUUAUUUUGUUUAAAACAAAUUGUGUAUACCUUUCAUGUUAUCAGUUCCUGUUUGGAAUUUUUUGAAUAUCACUUUUGCUUGCACAGUUACUGAAAUUCAAACAAAUCUGUGUUCAUGUACAUGGUUAUUAUGUGUUAAUGAUAAGAUCCUUUUUUGCCAGGUCUAUGUGAGAUGUUUUCUCUUUGUACGUUAAUGAGAUUGUGUAUGAUAAAUCUGUGGGAGAGUGUAUCACUACUGAAGAGAGUAGGGCAAUACACAUCUGCAACAGGGAUAUGCAUUUUACAAGUUUUAUUUAUUACAUGAAAGAAAUUGUAGUUCAUUUAAUCUAUAGAGUUAAAAUCAAGCUAAGAAUGUGUUUAUUGCUAAUGUACCGUAAACAAAUUGGCAGUUUAGGUAUCAUAUUUAUAAAUUGAUCCCCAUUCUCUAACUUCUGUGUAUAUUAGAUUGUAAAGAGGAGAAUUCCCGUUCUGUGAGAUCUAAUGAAUUGUGAAUUAUCUAUUAUAAUGAUUUGUUAAGAGGGAUUCCCAUUCUCUAACUAAGAUCAAAUGAAUUGUGAAUUAUCUAUUAUAAUGAUUUGUUAAGAAGGAUUCCCAUUCUAUAACUAAGAUCUAAUGAAUUGUGAAUUAUCUAUUAUAAUGAUUUGUUAAGGAUUCCCAUUCUAUAACUAAGAUCAAAUGAAUUGUGAAUUAUCUAUUAUAAUGAUUUGUUAAGGAUUCCCAUUCUAUAACUAAGAUCAAAUGAAUUGUGAAUUAUCUAUUAUAAUGAUUUGUUAAGAGUGAUUCCCAUUCUAUAACUAAGAUCUAAUGAAUUGUGAAUUAUCUAUUAUAAUGAUUUGUUAAGGAUUCCCAUUCUAUAACUAAGAUCUAAUGAAUUGUGAAUUAUCUAUUAUAAUGAUUUGUUAAGGAUUCCCAUUCUAUAACUAAGAUCAAAUGAAUUGUGAAUUAUCUAUUAUAAUGAUUUGUUAAGAGUGAUUCCCAUUCUAUAACUAAGAUCUAAUGAAUUGUGAAUUAUCUAUUAUAAUGAUUUGUUAAGGAUUCCCAUUCUAUAACUAAGAUCAAAUGAAUUGUGAAUUAUCUAUUAUAAUGAUUGAAUUUUAUCAUGGGGAUUCCAUUCUCUAACUAAGAUCUAAUGAAUUGGGAAUUAUCUAUUAUAAUUAUAAUAAUAAUAUGAUUACAAUACACCGUACAGUUUUACCUGUCUGACGUCUGUGAUGAUUACAGUACACCAUACAGUUUUACCUGUCUGAUGUCUGUGAUGAUUACAAUACACCAUACAGUUUUACCUGUCUGAUGUCUGUGAUGAUUACAGUACACCGUACAGUUUUACCUGUCUGAUGUCUGUGAUGAUUACAGUACACCGUACAGUUUUACCUGUCUGAUGAUUACAGUACACCAUACAGUUUUACCUGUCUGAUGUCUGAUGAUUACAGUACACCGUACAGUUUUACCUGUCUGAUGUCUGUGAUGAUUACAGUACACCGUACAGUUUUACCUGUCUGAUGAUUACAGUACACCAUACAGUUUUACCUGUCUGAUGUCUGUGAUGAUUACAGUACACCAUACAGUUUUACCUGUCUGAUGAUUACAGUACACCAUACAGUUUUACCUGUCUGAUGUCUGUGAUGAUUACAGUACACCGUACAGUUUUACCUGUCUGAUGUCUGUGAUGAUUACAGUACACCAUACAGUUUUACCUGUCUGAUGAUUACAGUACACCGUACAGUUUUACCUGUCUGAUGUCUGUGAUGAUUACAGUACACCGUACAGUUUUACCUGUCUGAUGUCUGUGAUGAUUACAGUACACUGUACAGUUUUACCUGUCUGAUGUCUGUGAUGAUUACAGUACACCGUACAGUUUUACCUGUCUGAUGAUUACAGUACACCAUACAGUUUUACCUGUCUGAUGAUUACAGUACACCGUACAGUUUUUCCUGUCUGAUGUCUGUGAUGAUUACAGUACACCGUACAGUUUUACCUGUCUGAUGAUUACAGUACACCGUACAGUUUUACCUGUCUGAUGUCUGUGAUGAUUACAGUACACCGUACAGUUUUUCCUGUCUGAUGAUUACAGUACACCGUACAGUUUUACCUGUCUGAUGAUUACAGUACACCAUACAGUUUUACCUGUCUGAUGUCUGUGAUGAUUACAGUACACCAUACAGUUUUACCUGUCUGAUGUCUGCGAUGAUUACAGUACACCGUACAGUUUUACCUGUCUGAUGUCUGUGAUGAUUACAGUACACCGUACAGUUUUACCUGUCUGAUGUCUGUGAUGAUUACAGUACACCGUACAGUUUUUCCUGUCUGAUGUCUGUGAUGAUUAAAGUACACCGUACAGUUUUACCUGUCUGAUGUCUGUGAUGAUUACAGUACACCGUACAGUUUUACCUGUCUGGAUUCAGUACAUUUCUUAUAUUACCAUGUUUACAGUAUUCUUUAACUUUUUACAAGCUUUCAUAAAAUUUUCUGUCGUGACAUAAUCCAUGAGAUAAUCCAUAGGCCCAGAUAGAAAUAGAUACAGUAUACAAUUUUGAUGGUAUAUAUUCCAUAUUAAACAUACCUGUGGUCACAUAGUUUUGACCUACCUGUAUUUGUGCAGUGUUGCUUGUUCAGGAAAAGAAUUGGGACCAAAUGAUUUCUGUCAAAACAAUUUUGCACUUGAAAAACUAUAAAACAUGCCUAACUUAUCAAAAUUUUGGUAUGUUUGCAAUGCUCCUGUGAUUCAACUAUUGAAAUGAUUCUAUUUCAUAUACAUGUUAAGUGGGUAAAGGUAGGAGAAAAAGUACUUACACAAAUGAAACAAUUCUAGUUUUUAUCAUUAUUACACAAUUGUAGAUAAAAUGUAACAAGAGUUGUUCUAAAUUGAAAAUAAAAAUUACAAAAAUA